AAAUAAGAAAGUAAUUUAACCAUUAUUUUUUUACGGGUAUUUAACCAUUAUUUAAUAGCCGUUUUAUUUGUGAUGAAGUUAAAUCAACAAGCAAAGUAAAAUCUGGAGAUUUAUAGGAUUUACCAACAUGAUCAUUCAUUGUUGAAAAUCGCAAGGAAGAAAAGAUGGAAGAUAAAGAGAAAGGGGAACGAUGGAGCGGAGCGAUGACGAAUCUAUCAGAGAUGAGUUCAAAUCUAGAAUCACUCCACAAGAUUCUCCUCACCAAAGCCGUCUUCGUCGACGACGACACCUUCUCCAAAGCCUCUCUCGCCGCCGAUCAAGCCCGCACCAUCAAGCUCCUCGAUCAACGAGUCCACACCUUGGAGCGAGACCUCGACGCCGCCAUCACCGCCGCCGCACGCGCCCGCUCUGAGAAGCGACACGCCGAGAACGCUCAGAGAGCCGCUGAAUCGCGCGCUCUUGAGGUCACCAAGGAGCUCGAAAACACCACGAAGGUGUUUCAGCUGCAUAUGGAAGAACUUCGUGCGAAGCAAGAAGAAAUCGCCAAGCGUGAUAGUGAUAUUAAGCUUCUGGAAGCGAUUAUUCAAACUCUUGGAGGAAAAGAAUCGAUUUCUACAUCUCUGUAAAAGCCAGCCAGCCAUUGUUUCAAGUAUGGUCAUUGCCCUUGCUUUUUCAUUAUUGUGUAAUUGUGUGUUUGGAAACCUGAUAAGUGAUUCUGAGAGAAGUUACUUUUGUGAUUAUAGAAGGUUUGACUGUGAAUCCAAACAUACUGUAAAUGGAAUCAUUCUAGUGAGUGAAGAUGGAUAUGUGGAAACUAAUCAAUGUUGUUGUUCCUAUAUGAAUAUUCUUUCACCUGA